UGAUUGAAUUAUAUACAUACCUGGGUUUCAGAGCUGUAUGUAUGGUAUCACUGUAUUUGUAAGCUGAAGAAAAAAAUGGAGGAGAUUGAAGAUAGCAUAGCUGAUCUCAGGACAACCUACAGAAGUCGAAAGACCAGAAGCGUUGCCUGGAGGAAAAAUCAGCUUCGAGGUUUGAUAAAACUGGUUCAAGAUAACGAACAGAAAAUUGCUAAAGCGCUCUAUCAUGAUCUAGGAAAGCAUCCUGCUGAAGUUUAUCGUGAUGAGAUUGGAAUAGUUAAAAAAUCAGCAAACCAUGCCUUGAGUUGCCUGGAGAAAUGGAUGGCCCCAAAGAAGAGUCGAUUACCAUUGCUGUUCUUUCCGGCAAGUGCAGAAGUACUAUCCGAACCACUUGGAGUGGUUCUCAUAUUCGCCUCUUGGAAUUUUCCCAUAACUCUAGCAUUAGACCCAUUAAUAGGAGCAAUAGCUGCUGGAAACACAGUGUUGCUAAAACCUUCAGAGCUAGCCCCGGAAUGUGCCUCUGUUCUACAAGAGAUCAUCCCUAUUUAUUUGGAUUGCAAUGCCAUCAAGGUCAUCAAUGGUGGAGCUGAUGUCGGCGAGAAACUACUGCAACAGAAAUGGGACAAAAUUUUCUUCACAGGGAGUGCAAGAGUUGGUCGCAUUGUUAUGUCUGCAGCUGCUAAACAUUUAACUCCUGUCACUCUAGAGCUGGGUGGAAAGUGCCCUGCCGUCAUUGAUACUCUGUCCAGCCUCUCAGAUAUAAAGGUAAUGGUCAAAAGAAUUGUUGGUGGGAAGUGGGCGGCUUGCAAUGGGCAAAUUUGUAUUGGAGUGGAUUAUGUACUUGUUGAAAAGAAAUUUGCUUCCACUCUGAUUGAUUCACUCAAGAGAACAAUCAAGAAAUUUUUUGGUGAAAGCCCCAAAGAUUCAAAAAGCAUUAGCAGAAUUAUCAAUAAAAACCACUUUGACAGACUGAGCAAACUUCUUAAAGAUCCUCAUGUUGCGGCAUCCAUUGUUCAUGGCGGUUCAUCAGAUGAAAAAAAAAUGUUCAUUGAGCCUACCAUCUUGUUAAAUCCUCCACUUGAUUCCGAGAUCAUGACUGAAGAAAUUUUUGGUCCACUGCUUCCCAUAAUCACAUUAAAUAACAUUCAAGAAAGCAUUGAAUUUAUCAAUUCUAGGCCCAAGCCCCUUGUCAUCUAUGCCUUCACCAAAGAUAAGACAUUCAACAGACAAAUUUUAUCAGAAACAUCUUCAGGAAGUUUAUUAUUUAAUGACACCUUGGCUCAGUAUACAAGUGACAAUCUACCAUUUGGAGGUGUUGGGCAGAGUGGAUUUGGAAGGUACCAUGGGAAAUACUCCUUCGACAAUUUCAGCCAUGAAAAAGCAGUGAUGCAGAGAACCUUCUUCCUUGAAAUGCAGCCAAGGUAUCCUCCUUGGAAUGAUUUCAAGAUGAGUUUCUUCAGAUUCGCAUACGAUUUCGACUAUUUCAACUUAUUGCUUCUACUGCUUGGGUUGAAAAAGUAGCGUACUGCCUAUUUAGGUCUUCAUAGUAUAAGAGUCAAUGUCAAUGGAUGACAUUGAAUCCGGAACAAGAAUAACACACUAAACUUUUGUGUGGAGAGACCAAUUUAAUGGUGAAAAAUUUGGUGACUGAGAUACCUGUGUUUGAUAUUA